GUCCAACAAAAAACUGCUUGUAAUUUAGAACAAAGCAAAAAGCACCACUGCCAUGCUAACUAACAUCCUGUCAUUCUACAGUAUGACCCAGACGCUCGCAUGAUUGUGGUUGAUGUGACUAAGCCAAAAGGAGAGCGCAUCAAUGACCUGUCCAGAAUGGCCUACUACAUGGAGAAAGACGUGAAGGAGCUGCCACUGUUUACUGAGCAGAAAACCUUUACUGCUUCUGUGGAUGGGCAGACUCUGAUGAUGGAGAAGAUCAUCAUUUACUAUGUGGACGAGGAGCCCCCGACCAUCACCAUGAAGCACCUGACAGGCGGGAUCAUCGCCGUCAUCGUGGUGGUGGUGCUGGCUGUGAUUGCUGGCCUGCUGGCUGUGUUCUUUUUCCAGAAGCGACAGAGGAAGUACAAAAAAACUCAGCAAAGAGAGAUGGCGCAAAUGUAAAGCAGAGAGAGUGUGAAGAGUCGACACAUACGCGUACCUGACAGGCAGGAUCACUGCUGUCAUCGUGGUGGUAGCGAUUGCUGUGAUUGCUGUGGCGAGUGUAUUUGCAUGUCAGAAGUGUCGUUUAAAGAACAAAUGUUAAAAUAAAAAGCCAUAAUUUGCAACUGUU